AUGUCAUUUUGCAAGAACUGUGUUGAAGGCGUCCGCCACGAGGGGACACUGGAAGGCAGCAUCGAAGAGCUCGGCGGCAUCAAGACCUACGUCGCAAAGCCUCAGAAAGGAUACGCAAAAGAAAAGGCCGUCAUCUAUCUUGGCGACAUCUUUGGCAUUGAACUGCCGAAUAACUGCCUCCUCGCUGAUUCCUAUGCCCGCAACGGUUUCCAAACAUACGCUCCCGAUCUCUUCGCAGACGAUGCCGCGCCGCUGGGCAGGGUAUACCCCGACGGUACCGCUUGGGAUUUGAAGACUUGGUUCCCGAAGCACACACCGGCGAGCGCAUUGGAACGGGUCCGAGCGGUCAUGACAGCGCUGCGGGCACAAGGUGUCACCAAGUUCGCCGCCGCCGGUUACUGCUAUGGCGGGCGUCUGACGUUUGACCUCGCUUUCGCCGAUGAGAUCGACGUCUCGGUGGUCUCUCAUCCCGCCUUACUUACCCCACCGGACCUCAAGAAGUACGCUGAAGCAAAAGCGCCUCUGCUGCUGAAUACAUGCGAGCAUGACGAGAUGUUCGGCGCAGAGAUGCAGGCGGGCGCUGAUGAAGCACUCAGUAGCUUUGAGCCUGGGUAUAAGCGCGCGUACUUCGCGGGUGCCACCCACGGGUUCGCGAGUCGCGGUGAUCUUUCAGACCCUGUAGUGAAGAAGGCCAAAGAAGAUGCGUUCGAGAAUGCUGUUGAAUGGCUUGUGAAGUACCUGUAA